UGUCACGAUCGCUGUCAUAUUACCGUCUGCUUUCUACUUGAAGAUUUGCUGGGACGAGAUGUCGAAGUUCAAGAGAGUCGCGAAUCUCGGGUGCCUUCUUGGAGUUUUGGGAUCGUUUGAUUCCUCUAAGUCGCUUGUCAAAGAGCUUGUUCGCGUUCAUGGAGCCAACCCUCCACUAGGACCACCACCAGUGUCAGCCGGAGAUCUGGAAACCCGACCCGAGGAAAACCGGGAAGGAUCCGGUGAUCUUGAUAUUCCUGUAGCCAUGCAUGCUAUGGCCCAGCAGAUAGGAACAGAAAACGGUGUUGAAGUGAAGGUCCAUGUUAUAGAGGAAGGUAAUGAAGCUGAUGACUACACAUGGAUCUUAGUUAAAGACAUUGACAACACCUAUUUUUUGAAGAGAGGAUGGGGCCCUUUUGCUAGAGCCAACAACUACCAAGAAGGCGAUGUAAUUGGACUUAUGUGGGAUCAAAGCUAUGAACGAUUUUUGCUUCACAAGAUAGUUCAAUAUUAG